AUGGGAAAUUGCCAAGCCAUUGAUAAUGCAAGUCUAGUAAUACAACACCCAAGUGGUAGAGUGGACAAACUGUAUUGCCCUGUAACUGCUUGUGAAAUUAUGAAGAUGAACCCUGGCCACUAUGUUGCUCUUCUCCUUGCAACCACCUUGUAUUCCUCCACCACCACCACCAAUGACAAGAAUAUGACUACCACCACCCCUGCCGCCACCACCAACAACCCAGUUCGCAUUACACGCAUUAAACUUCUCCGGCAAACUGAUACUCUUGUUCUUGGUCAUGCUUAUAGGCUCAUCACCACUGAAGAGGUUAUGAAAGGUUUGGGGGAAAAAAAGUAUGCAAAGAUGAAGAACAAACAAUCAGAUUCAGCUGAUAAGCCAGAAAGAAUGAAAGAGAAGGAAGCUGGUUCACAUUUUGAGACAGCAAGAAGAAGCACUGACAGGGACAAGAUCCACCAGGUGAAAAAGCAUGAAAGGAAUCGGGCAAGAACAUCGCCAUCGGGGAACUCGGCCACUGCAAAAUUAAGACCAUGGCAACCGGCGUUAAAGAGCAUCUCGGAGGCCGGAAGCUGA